GUGUAGCUUUUUCUCUUCCUCUACAUCUUAUAAAAAGCUCACCGGUACUUCUUGGUUUCUUAUUCGAAAGUUCCAUAUCUCUAGAGCAUCAAAUAAGUGGCAUUGUGCAGCUGCAAUGGGAAGAGCAGUCGCUCUCGGUUUGAUCUGCGGGGUUUUGGCUGUUUUGAGUUUGUCCCUGGUGAAUGCAGAAGACCCAUAUCUCUACUACACCUGGACUGUGACUUAUGGUACCAUUUCUCCUCUAGGAGUUCCUCAAAAGGUUAUCCUUAUCAACGGUCAAUUCCCGGGACCAAGGCUUGAUGUCGUUACUAACAACAAUAUCAUCCUCAACCUCAUCAACAAGCUUGAUGAGCCUUUCUUAUUGACAUGGAAUGGAAUUAAACAAAGGAAGAACUCAUGGCAGGAUGGUGUAUUGGGAACCAACUGUCCAAUUCCACCAAACUCAAACUACACCUACAAAUUUCAAGCCAAAGAUCAGAUUGGAACCUUCACAUAUUUCCCAUCAACUCUUAUGCAUAAAGCUGCUGGAGGAUAUGGAGUACUCAAUAUCUACCAUAGAUCUGUUAUCCCAAUUCCCUAUCCAGCCCCUGCUGGGGAUUUCAGUUUACUUUUUGGUGAUUGGUUCAAGGCCGGCCAUAAGGCAUUACAGCAAAGUUUGGACUCAGGAAAAACUCUUCCAUUCCCCGAUGGAGUCCUUAUAAAUGGCCAGACUACAGCUACCUUUAGUGGAGAUCAAGGAAAAACUUACAUGUUCAGGUUCUCAAAUGUGGGCUUGUCAACCUCAUUAAACUUCAGGAUUCAGGGCCACACAAUGAAGCUAGUUGAGGUUGAAGGAUCUCAUGUAAUCCAGAAUGAAUAUAGCUCUCUUGAUGUACAUGUUGGACAAUCUGUGGCUGUCUUAGUAACCUUCAAUCAGGCGCCAAAAGACUAUUACAUUGUGGCAUCCACAAGAUUUACCCGUAAUGUUCUUACUGCAACUGCAGUCUUGCACUACACAAACUCACACACCCAAGCUUCAGGACCUCUGCCUGCUACUCCUGCAGGUGGAUUCCACUGGUCAAUGCAGCAAGCUAGAACAUACAGGUGGAAUUUGACAGCAAAUGCAGCCAGGCCUAAUCCACAGGGAUCAUUCCAUUAUGGGUUGAUCACACCUACAAAGAGAAUUGUCUUGGCAAACUCAGCACCUUUCAUAAAUGGAAAACAGCGCUACGCAGUCAAUGGUGUCUCCUAUGUCAAUCCUGAUACUCCUCUGAAGCUUGCUGAUAAUUUUAAUAUCCCUGGAGUUUUCAGCUUCAAUACCAUCCAAACUGUUCCUUCUGGUGCCACUACCGCAACCCUUGGAACCUCUGUCAUCCCAUGUUCUCUACAUGAUUUCACUGAAAUAGUUUUUCAGAACAAUGAGAAAACCUUGCAAUCUUGGCAUCUUGAUGGUUAUGAUUUUUGGGUUCUUGGUUAUGGCUCUGGACAGUGGACUGAAGCUAAGAGAAGUACCUACAAUCUAGUUGAUGCUCCUACUAGACACACCGUUCAGGUAUAUCCAAAUUCUUGGACUGCCAUAUAUAUUUCCAUGGACAACCAAGGUAUGUGGAACCUGAGAUCUGCAAUAUGGGAGAGGGAGUAUCUUGGACAACAAUUAUACCUCAGAGUCUGGACCUCAGUUAAGAGUCAGGCUAAUGAAUAUGACAUUCCUUCCAAUGUUCUACUCUGUGGCAAAGCUGUAGGACAACACCCUUAGUUUGAUCAUUUACCAUAUCCAUACUAAGUCCAUCUCAGUCAUGAGGGUUUGACUACGGGAGAAAAUGUGUAAGAGAAACAAAAGAGCACAUUUACGUGCUGGCUUUAUUUGUAUAUCUUAGAAACAAUAGAUUAAGAUUCCAUUAUAUUGUACUCUUAUGUUAGUUUCAAUUGAUUGAAUUGAUUUUCUAAGAAAGUUAAUGGAUUAUU